CUCAUUUCUUUUUCAUGACAGCCAGUCAGAAGAACUCAGGAUGAGUAAAAACGAUAAUAUUGACAUUCAAAGUCCAUUCUGUGUCCUCUGUGGACGGACAGAUGACUGCCCUGAAAAGUAUGGAGAAAAAAGGACAUAUGUGGAAUACAAUCUCACUGUUCAUUAUUACUGUUUGUUGAUGUCAAGUGGCAUUUGGCAGAGAGGGGAGGAAGAUGAAGGUGUAGAUGGAUUCUUAAUCAUGGAUAUUAGAAAAGAAGUAAAUAGAGCUGCAAAAUUGAAAUGUAAUAUCUGUAAGAAAAAGGGUGCUUCAAUUGGAUGUGUAGCUCCCAAAUGCAAACGAAGUUACCAUUUUCCUUGUGGGAUACAAAAGGAGUGUAUUUUCCAGUUCAUGGAAGACUUCAGAUCUUACUGUUGGGAACAUAAACCAGUUCAAAAGUUUCCAGAUCAAGAAUCUAGUGGAACUUCACAGUGUACAAUAUGCCUGGAUUUGGUUGAACAGCUUCCAACUUACACUGUAUUGAAAAGUCCUUGCUGUAAAAACGCUUGGUUUCAUCGAGAAUGCUUGCAGUAUCAAGCUUUGAGUGCUGGGAUAUUUUUCUUUAGGUGCACAGUAUGUAAUAACAAGGACAAAUUUCAGAAAGAAAUGUUGAGAAUGGGCAUACACAUUCCAGAAAAGGAUGCAUCUUGGGAACUUGAAGAGAAUGCAUAUCAAGACCUACUGCAAUGUUAUCAACACUGUGACAUUAAAAGGUGUCUCUGCAAGAAAGGAAGGGACUAUAAUGAACCUGAUAGUAAAUGGGAAAUAAAGCGUUGUCAGUGUUGUGGUUCCCGUGGAACUCAUUUGGCCUGUUCAUCUAUGAAGUCAUGGGAGCAAAACUGGGAGUGCAUAGAAUGCCGAAGUAUUUUUGCAAAAGCAGGGAACUACAGCAAACAGAAAAAGCGUUCUUUGGCUACCUCUGAAAAGACAGAUGGGACAACGUGUUUGCUGGAAGAGCCAUCUCCAAAGUGCCCUCGGCAGUCACAUGGAUCUCAAUGCAAUUUUCUUCUCCAGUCACCAAAGAUAAUGUGCCAGAACAACUUGUCACCCUGCUCACACCUAGAACUUCCAGCAUCCAACAGAGUGACGAUGUCCUUAUCUCCACUGACGUCAAACAGGAAUUGGUCGCAGAGGAAAAAGCAUUUAAGAAGGCAAAGAAUGGAAGUUUCUAAUGUACUGAAGGAGUUAAAGCUACAGGUUAAUACAAAAACUACAAGACUUAACAUCAAUACAGAAAAUAUCUGGAAUAGUGCUUUAAAAGGAUUUAGACAGCGCAAGUUCAGUCCUACAAACACCAUUGAAAUAAAGUUCACAAACUGCAAAAAUAGAUCAAAGACAAAUAAUUCUGCUGCAUCAAAACACCGUUUCUUCCAAUUAUUAAUGCUUCACCUUCAGAAUUCAUCAUUGUUUGAGGGCUCUUCUGCAAAGAACUUGUCCCUUGAUUUUCAAGCUGUAAAAGAGAAUCUGUAUUUUGAAGCUGGUAAAAUGAUUGCAGUUUCUCUGGUUCACGGUGGCCCAUCUCCUGGUUUCUUUUCCAAAACACUGUUCAAUUGUCUUGUCUAUGGUCCAGAGAAUGUGAAGCCAGCUUUGGAAGAUGUUGCUGAUGUUGAUGUAGCACAAACAAUAAAAAUGAUAAAAUAUGCAAACAGUCUGUCCAGCCUACAGUCUACAGUACACGAGUGUUACGAAUUCCUUGCUGCUGCUGGAUGUUUAAGACCUAUAACAGCUUUGUGUGAUAAAAAUGUGCUGGUGAAUGACAUAUUGAUCCAUCAUGUAAUCAAGAGAAUUAUUUCACCCUUAGAAAGUUUUAGGCAAGGUUUGAAAACUCUUGGUGUGCUAGAGAAAAUGCAAAUGCAUCCAGAAGCAUUCUCUACUAUAUUGUGCCAAAAACCGGAAAGACUUUCAGCAGAAACUAUUUGUGAUCUCUUUACAAUCCAUUCUUCAUCAGAUGUAAAUAAAAUUGAAGGUGCUGAUUUUUGGAUGGGUUAUUUGCAAGAUGUGGAAAGUGGUGAGUCUGUAGUGACGUUGGAGGAUAUUCUGCUCUUCGUAACAGGCUCUUUUACUAUACCCCCCAUUGGUUUUGAUCCUGAACCUACUAUUAAAUUUUUGCAUAUAAGGUAUCCUGUUGGAAACAGACUCCUUAAUUGCUUGGAGCUCCCUAUAACAAAGACAUAUGAGCAGUUUAAAAAGAAAAUGGAAUUCACCAUCAGAAACACACUAAGAGUCGAAAAAGAAUAAAUAGUAUUGCUACUAAGCUGGAUGUUGGAAACUUCAAUUUUCUGCAGGAAUGUCUGCUUACAAAUCGCUACUGUAUUUUUGGACAGCAUGCUCAGCCUUUUCUCACUUUUUCCCCAAAGAUAUGCUAAAAGUAGUUAUCUUGUAAGAUGGAAAACAAUUUUCAAAUGAAAAUACACUUCAUCUGUUGAACCAUCUUCCAGUUUGAAGUUGACUUCAAGAGCCAGCAAUCUCUUGCAGAAGUACUUUAAAUGUCUACUUUUGCUGUAGACACAUACGAAAUGUUACCAAACUCUGUAACAUUCUAGCUCUCACAGGUAAGUAUGUUGAUUGUAUUACAUUCUUCAGUAAUUUAUUUAUCGAAGUCAAAUCGGGUACAUUUUGAAGAUAACUGCUGUACAGCUUUGUCUCAUGUAAAACUCUGAUACAGGUCUUCAGUUGUUCCAUGUAUAUUUUUCCAGUAAUUGUUUUUAUAUUGAUGAUUCAUUUACGUUUUGAUGAUUCAUGUAGACCUAUGUUUUAAGGUUAUUGUGGUUAGUGCAUUAAAAUAUAACUAAGGUCUGGAGAAAACCUAGGCAAAAUAAUAAGGCGCAAGAACAAAAUCUGGUUGAACUUGAGUUUCUGUUGUUAAACAGUCUGGCAUUUGCACAUGUUUCUGCAUUCUACUGUUAUACAUCAGUUUUUAAUCAUACACAUAGCCAAAACAGUAAAAACUAGAAGUAAAUCUUGAAUAUGCAACAAUAAGUGGUCUUUCAAAGUGAAGUAUGAGAGUUAGACUUAAUGCUGUUAGAUAUGAAAGUGUAAGAAUUUGUUGCUCUUUAGAACAUGUUACUUUGUCUUCCAUGCAAGUCAGUAUUUCCGUAGGAAUAUGCACUAAAACUAUUUGUUAAACUAAAGGCAGUCUACCACCAAGCUUGUCAGUGCCUGACACUUUUCUAGUUUUUAGUCUAAACUCUUCCUGUUCAAUUGUAGGCGCAGUCUGAGGAAGAUGUAUAAAAUGUAUUUCAAUUUUGAAGUAUUUGUAUAAAUGCCAAUAAGCCAGAUAAGUAGUGAAAUUCCUCACGAUAAGAAUUUAAUGUUACUAAUACUAAAGCUAUGAAACUAAAAGGACAUUAAGUACAGGUUUUUUAAUAUAUGCAGGUGUCUUUUUGAAAUUUCCCCACCAGCAGUUUGACCACCUAUACUAUGUCCCAAACAUAGGCUGUGCUAUAGCUGUAUAUAGAUAUAUAUAUCUGUAUAUAUCUAUAUAUAUCCGCAUUCUUCAAAAUCCUGAAAAUAAUCAUACGCAUUUUUAUUAAUAUAGCAUAUAGCUUAGGUUUUUUUGAAAAUAAAAGCAGGAUUGCUUUACUUCUGAAUGCCUUGGCAAGAAAGUACAUCCAUGGUAAAUUGUAAAUGGAAGUGGCAGUCAAGACUCACUCACUGAAUUUGUAGACCAUGCUAUAAAGGGUCAAAAACAAAGAGGCAGAUGGGUAUUUAAAUUACAUAGUUCAGUUAACAGUAUGCAGGUAUUUUGAAAUCUUUCUUAAACUGCUACAGCUUCUCUUUCUUUCUUGAUCUUGGGAGAGGUGCUAAUUUUAUUUUUUUUAUACAGACCUAUUUCCAUCACUGGGUAACAAAAAUAUGCAUGACACUUUUUAAAUUUUUUUUUUUCCGAAGUGUCUAAGUAAGUUAUCGCAAGGCUUAGAUCAGGUAUUUCUCACUGCUUUCAAAUAGCUAAAACAAUCUAAUCUCAUCAAAGUCCUGUCACUAGAAAUUUAAGAAUAUUUGAAAUUAAGACAGGGCUAGUGGUGUUUUUCUGGUUCUGAGCUAAAAGCAUAUUAAAGUAGCCUUUAAAAUAAAUGCAUGAGCUCUUGGAGAAUGUCAUUUGACUAGUUCAUAGACUAAGCAUUUUCUCAUUCUCUUCUGAUUUUUUUUUUUCUCCAAUAAUGUUCCAUGUUUGUCGUCUUUGCAUAAUUUUUGAAUGUCACACUGCCAAUAAUGUCUUUAUAUUCUUACCCUUCAGAAUGGUCUGUUACCAUUGUAACAAAGAUGGUUUGUUGCAAUUAUUUGCAUAGAACAGAUUUAUGCUGUAUAUUCAUGUUUCUAAAAUACAGCAAUGAAUCUUGUGCAGAUAGAGUAUUAUACUUUAAAAACAAGUGGCAUACCCAGUGCAGUAUUCCUUUUUCUUGCCUAGUUAGAGAUAAAUGCCUUCUGUAAUAUUAGGUUAUAUAGGGCUGUAUGGGAAGUACAGAACUUAGAGAAGUAGCAAGCAGAGCGUGGAUAAUUUUAAAGGACUUCUCAUACCUGCAGUGGCAAGAGAAAUGGUUUAGAACUCAAAACUAAAUAAACUGCAUUUUAAAACUUUCAAUGGAGAAAAAAAUAAUAAGGUAAUGUGAAUAUAAGGCUUCAGAAAGUAUCUGAGAUAAAAACAGGGUUCACACCUUUUAUUGCUUUGAAUUCAGCAGCUGAUAGGUUUAAGUUAACUUUAAAGUUGUGCUACACAAUGCUACAUCAAAAUAUGGAAUUCAUAAAAUCCUCUAGUCUCUAAUAUUGCUUGAAAAGAUUUUUCUUACACAGAACUUGUUCCCAUUUUCUAAUACUCAUGUGUACACAUUCAGGACAUGUCUUUCCUUUCCUGUUGGUUUGAUCAGCUCUAUCUAGACAUUCUAAUAUAAUCCUUGGUAUAUUCAAGUUGUAUUCCUAAAUGCUACUACAGAGGGGAACUUCUCUUCUGCUCAUUUUCAGCAUUUAUUUAUAGAGACCAAUCUUAAAUUUACUCUAACUGUUCAUUAAAAUUCCAUUGAAUAAGCUGACUCUUAAUCCAUCAAACCACAGAAAGGUCUCUUGUCUGGAAACCAUAAGAGCAAUUUCUGUAGCUAUAAUGAUCGUCGGGUUUUUAAUUGCUAUAGCAAGUCACUGAAGUGCAAUAUUGUCGGGUAGUUUUCACUUUACAUAAACUGUAACCUGAGGCACAUCUGGAAAUUAGGGAAGUUGCUUACUUUCAGUAUUUCUGUAACACAAGGAGAAGAAUUGCAUAUACAUUAGCUGUGGUGUGUUAAAUAUAUUUUUAUAGAAGUUACAUCUUUUGGAAGAUUUGUCAGGGCCGCAGGAGAAUGAUUGCAGUCCUCUGACUGUGUUUGGCCAAAGAACUUCACCCCGCAGUUUCUGCAUCAAACCCUAAGCUUCCAUCUGGAAUUAGCAUAUCAAAUAAGCUAUUUAUUUUCUAUAGUGACCAUUUUCUAGUAAACAAUAAUAGAUUAGUAUUAGUGGGUUUAGUAUGGGCUCCUUAAAGCACAUAUAAUUUAAAAAAAAAAAACAAAAAAAACCAACCUCUCAAGUAUUUUAGAUCUAAGUUUGAAAAACCAAGUGAUAAGAAAUUUCUGUGACUUGCCUUCACCCAUGCAAAGGAUGCUUAUUAGAAAAAGCUGUUAGCAUUUUUAACUGGUGUAUAAGUGAAAUACAGUCAAAAGGAGAAGAAAUUAAUAAAAGUUUAUAUUAAAGGUCCAAAUCAACAUGUGCUGCAGCUCUGACUUUGUUUCAUUAAUAUGUUCAGUCUUGAGAUUGGAAGACUUGAGGAUUUUCAGAGGUGUAUUUAAAAUGUAGAGCAGAGUAUUAGUCGUUAAUUCACCCAUUCUGCAUGUGUGUUUUGAAAAUAGUAUCAAAAAUUCUUAUUCAAAGAGAAGGAAAUGCAACUCUGGAGGCUACAAAAUAUGCUUUUAAGGUUUAUCUUGAUUCUGUAUUAUGUGGUAAAGCAUUUUAAAGUUCAAGCUUUAGUGUUUUUUACUUAAGGGAAUUACUAGUUGGAUAAAAUGAAAUGAA